GCCACAGCCUGUUCCACUGCUACUUCUUUUGCUUUUUUCGGAUCUUAUGAUCAUUGAAAUGCAUGCGUAUUCAUGUGCUGGGUAACUAACAAUCUGAUAAUCGAAGAAUGUCGAAUGGGCUUUUCCCUUUCGUCGCCAGGGAAAUUUGAGGGCAGCUCGACUGUUGAUUUCAAGAUUUGAUUUGUAAGAUUAUUUAUUCUUUCAUUCAUUUGAAUAAAGGAAGAGAUAUCUCGAUGCUAAGUUUUACCAGGAUAAGAAGUCAGCAGAGGUCCAAUAGAUCUAUGUCUUUAGGAGGGAUGGAUUACGCAGACCCGAAGAAGAAGAAUGGUUUUUGUGGAAAAAUUAUAAUGGUUUCUGCUCUUACAGCCUUGUGUAUUCUUAUGCUCAAACAUCCAUCUCCAAGCCCUCCGAACACACCCAGCCAGUUUACAAUACACGAAGUUGGCGUCACUCAUGUUUUGGUAACUGGAGGCGCUGGUUACAUCGGUUCUCAUGCUGCAUUACGACUUCUCCAGGAUUACUAUCGUGUUACUAUAGUGGAUAAUCUCUCUCGGGGAAACCUUGGUGCUAUUAAAGUCCUCGAACAGUUGUUUCCAGAACCAGGUCGACUUCAGUUUAUUUACGCUGAUCUCGGCGACGCGAAAGCAGUUCAUGACAUUUUUUCAGAAAAUGCAUUUGACGCCGUGAUGCAUUUUGCUGCCGUAGCAUAUGUUGGAGAGAGUACUCUUGAUCCGCUCAAGUAUUACCACAAUAUCACAUCAAACACUCUGGUUGUGUUGGAAGCCAUGGCAGCUCAUGGAGUGAAGACUUUAAUUUAUUCUAGCACAUGUGCAACCUAUGGGGAACCUGAAAAGAUGCCAAUUACAGAAGAAACUCCACAGCUUCCAAUAAAUCCAUAUGGAAAAGCCAAGAAAAUGGCUGAGGAUAUUAUUUUGGAUUUUCACAAAAACUCAGACAUGGCUGUCAUGAUAUUAAGAUACUUCAAUGUGAUUGGUUCUGAUCCUGAGGGAAGGCUCGGUGAAGCUCCCCGACCAGAACUACGUGAACAUGGAAGGAUAUCUGGUGCUUGCUUCGAUGCUGCUCGAGGAAUCAUUCCUGGUCUUAAGGUUCGAGGAACCGACUAUAAAACUCCGGAUGGUACAUGUAUCCGGGACUAUAUAGAUGUUACUGAUUUAGUCGAUGCACAUGUGAAAGCUCUGGAGAAGGCAAAGCCUGGUCACGUUGGCAUAUACAAUGUCGGCACAGGAAGAGGAAGAUCGGUGAAGGAGUUUGUGGAGGCUUGUAAAAAGGCAACUGGGAUGGUCAUCAAAGUAGAUUUCCUGCCACGCCGGCCUGGCGAUUAUGCGGAAGUAUACAGCAAUCCGAGCAAGAUCAAGAAUGAGCUGAACUGGACAGCCCAGCACACUAACCUUGCAAUGAGCUUGCAGGUUGCGUGGAGAUGGCAGAAAGCACAUCCUGAUGGCUACGGCGCGGCACUUUCCGGCGCCAGCGACGGUGCUAGUCCUCUGGUUAUGCCUCAGUAGAAUAUCAACUGCCUGCACUGCAUCGUUUCCAUUCAUGGUGGAGAGGACCGAUACUUGGGCCUAAUUUUGGAAGAGAGCUUGUGGCAUUAGGUGAGUCUAUUGUAUUGUUUUAGAAAUUCAUGAGAUGAGAUGAAUAUGGUGUAUUAUUGGAUUGUGUGAGGCCGACGGAAGCUUCUCAUUUUCGGAAUUUGCCUUCAGGACAGACGAGACUUUCAGAUAUUAGUGCUAUUGCACUAAUAGCCUGUUACUUUAGGUAGGUAUAUUUGUUGUAGUAUAUGAUAUUCAUGAUGACGAUAUGUUAUUAUUAUUAUUACUAUUAUUAUUGCUGUUCUUAGUGUUU